AUGCCGCAGGCCCGCAGCCUUCGUACCAGAGGCACGAUGAAUGAGAACGACGAGAACGGCCCAUCAGCACGUCUGACACGGGCCAAGACAGCCGCUCUCAGCACUGAUGCUGGAGCUAAGAAAACCCUGCAGACGAAGCGAACCACGUCGACUGCCGCGUCUAAUGGAUCUCAACGUCCCCGUGCUGCCCUCGGUGAUGUCAGCAAUGUCAACAAGGCGGAUGGUGCGGAGAUAAAGGGUGGGAAGAAACCGGCCGCCGCCAAGGCUGGUUUGACCUCAAAGGCAACCGUCCAGACCGGAGGCGUCCAAAAGCUCAGCCGUACCAACUCCUCACGAACAGCCACACGAUCUGCCCUUCAGCCCCGCGACUCGAACAAGAAACCUGCUGCCAACGCCCACAAGCGUCCAUCGGUUAAGGAUACAACCAUCCAAGCCGACGAGCCUCCCCGCAAGAAGCCCGAGCUUGAGCGAAAGACCCGAAUCGAGAAUAUCGUGGAAGAACCAGCAGUGAAGGAGCCGGAGAUUAGCGUGAAGGAUGCUCUGAAUGACGCUGUGCAGGAUCUGGACACUGAGGACUUGGAUGACCCAUUAAUGGCCGCCGAAUAUGUGGUUGAAAUCUUCGAGUAUCUCAAGGACCUUGAGAUCAUCACCCUGCCCAACCCUGAUUACAUCGACCAUCAGCCCGACCUCGAAUGGAAGAUGCGUGGAAUCCUUGUCGACUGGCUCAUCGAAGUGCACACCCGUUUCCGUCUCCUCCCCGAGACCUUGUUCCUUGCUGUCAACAUCAUCGAUCGCUUCCUGUCCGCUGAGGUUGUCGCCCUCGACCGUCUUCAGCUCGUUGGCGUUACUGCCAUGUUCAUUGCCUCGAAGUAUGAGGAGGUGCUCUCCCCUCAUGUAGCGAACUUCAGCCAUGUCGCCGAUGAGACCUUCUCGGAUAAGGAAAUUCUCGAUGCCGAACGUCACGUCCUCGCAACCCUCGAGUACAACAUGAGCUUCCCCAACCCCAUGAACUUCCUGCGACGCAUCUCCAAGGCCGAUAACUAUGAUAUCCAAACCCGCACUCUGGGAAAAUACUUGAUGGAGAUCAGUCUUCUCGAUCACCGUUUCAUGGGCUUCCCCCAGAGUCACAUCUCUGCCGCAGCCAUGUACCUCGCACGUCUCAUCCUCGAGCGUGGACCUUGGGAUGCCACUCUCGCUCACUACUCUGGAUACACUGAAGAGGAGAUCGAGCCCGUCUUCCAAUUGAUGGUUGAUUAUCUUCACCGCCCUGUCUCCCACGAAGCCUUCUUCAAGAAAUACGCCAGCAAGAAGUUCCUCAAGGCUUCUAUUUUGACUCGCCAAUGGGCCAAGAAGUAUCACCACCUGUACGUCGACAGCUCUGAGCAGAGCAGUUACGCCAAGGAUGAACAGUAA